AUGAGCCUGAAACUUUUCAUGGACAAAAAAAGUAACAAAGUUCUCUUCGCCGAAGCGGGCAAGGAAUUCAUCGACUUCCUCUUUAACUUUCUCGCCCUGCCGGUCGGAACUCUUGUUCCACUUCUUAAUCAGGAAGUAUUAAGCAGCUUCCAAAACAUUUACCAGAGCAUUCCAAAUUUUGGUGACGCUUACCUUCAACCAAAUUUUAUCAAAGACACUCUCCUGAAGCCCAAAGUUUACGUCCCUGGUGGUUGUUCAGACUCUCUCCAACUGCCAAACGUGGAAUUAUCAACACCAAGGAAAUAUACGUGUUGUAUUGAAAGUCACAGGUACGUGUCUAAUGAUAAAAUUGCAGUCUGUCCUUCGUGCCGGUCUUAUAUUAGCACCUAUGGUGAAAUUGUUGACACAUCAUCAAUACCCUCCUCUGUUCAGCGAGGGUACGUGAAAGAGUUGGUUACGUACAUGGUGAUGGAUGAUCUAGAAGUGAGACCAUUGUCCUCGAUUGUGUCUAUCGGCACUAUUCUUAACAAGUUUAAUAUCAAGGACAUAGGGGCUCUUGAGGAAAAAGUGGUCAAUUUGAGCAAGGAUGUGGGUUUGAAAUUGCUCAAGACUUCUUUGCAUUCGAAUAGUGUUCUGACCGAUAUUUUCCUCCCGAUAUUGGAGGAGGAAGUCAAGAUGGAGAAUUAA